UGUUCAAAGCCAGAAACCUCACGUGUCCUGUGGCGGCGACCGAGGGCAGCUCUCCGGGUCGUCCCUGGCUUGCACGUACCAGAGGGCCGUGUCACGGGGUACGCGCCCACUCCCUUCUUGGGCCUCGGAGCCUCCGGCAGAGUGGACCUUCUUCCCUGGCAACCUGGUUUCAGAACUCCAGGAGGCCCCUUGGUCUGUGCGGGUAGUCGAGUUUGUCCCCAGAGAACAGUCAACAGUUGACGGGCUAUGGGGCAUGGAGUGCCGGACCCACCAACACCCAAGGUGCAUAUGGACCUAGUGUGGCCAGCUGGCAAGGCUAUGAGAACUACAGUUACUACGGGGCCCAGAACACCAGCGUCACCACAGGAGCAGCCUACAGUUACGGCCCAGCCUCAUGGGAGGCCACCAAGGCCAGUGACGGCCUGGCAGCCGGGGGCCCUGCCCUGCACAUGGCUUCCUACGGCCCAGAGCCAUGCACUGACAAUUCCGACUCCCUCAUUGCCAAGAUCAACCAGCGCUUGGACAUGAUGUCCAAGGAAGGAGGCAGGGGAGGGAGCAGCGGCGGUAGGGAGGGCAUGCAGGACCGGGAGAGCUCCUUCCGCUUCCAGCCAUUCGAGCCCUAUGACUCCAGGCCCUGUCUCCCUGAGCACCAUGCCUACCGUCCCUCCUAUGGCUACGACUAUGACUUUGACCUGGGGCCUGACCGCAACGGCGGCUUCAGCGGUCAGUACGCUGACUGCCGGGACCCAGCCCGCGAGCGGAGCUCCCUUGAUGGCUUCACGCGGGGCCGGGGCCAAGGCCGCUUCCAGGACCGAAGCAACCCCAGCACCUUCCUGCGCAGCGACUCCUUCAUGCCGCCCACGGCCACCUCAGAGCCCCUUUCGGCUCCCUGGACCGAGAUGAACUACGCGGGUGGGCGGGGCCUGCUUGGCCCCUCCCUGAGCCGCCCUCCACCUCCCCUCUUCUCCCAGCCCAUGGCCCCUGAUUUCAGUGUGCUGGGCAUGCAGGGGGCAGGUGGUUAUGACAGCUCUGUGCCCUACGGAUGUGGCCAGUCACAGGCGCGGAUGAGGGAUCGGCCCAGGUGGAGAGGGGUUGACCGCUGCGGCCCAGACGGCAUGGCCAGGAAGCGGAAGCAGUUUCAGAUCUGUGAUGAGCCAGAUGCCAAACAGGCCCGGGCUGACAGCGAUGGAGAUUUUUCUGACAAUGAUGAUGGAGCUGGUGACUUCCGGUCUGGGGAUGAAGAAUGCAGGGGUGACGACGAGUUCUUUGACUCCGGGAGGCAGAGAGGAGAGAAGGACGCCGAGGACGACGAGGUAAAGAAGAGAAGGGAGAAGCAAAGGAGGAGAGACAGGAUGCGAGACCGAGCUGCUGACAGAGGAGGAAUCCUGAGAGCCACAGGACCUGCGCAGCUCCCCAGGAUUCAGUUUGCGUGUUCCGUGUGUAAGUUUCGUAGUUUUGAAGAUGAAGAAAUCCAGAAGCAUCUACAAAGCAAAUUUCACAAAGAGACACUGAGGUUUAUAAGUACCAAGCUGCCUGACAAGACGGUAGCGUUCCUCCAGGAAUACAUUGUGAACAGGAAUAAGAAGAUUGAGAAGCGGCGUCAGGAACUGAUGGAGAAGGAGAGCACGAAACCAAAACCAGAUCCUUUCAAAGGGAUUGGCCAGGAGCACUUCUUCAAGAAGAUAGAAGCUGCCCACUGCCUGGCCUGUGACAUGCUGAUCCCCGCGCAACACCAGCUCCUGCAGCGGCACCUGCAUUCUGUCGACCAUAAUCACAACCGCCGGUUGGCUGCUGAACAGUUCAAGAAAACAAGUCUCCAUGUGGCUAAGAGUGUUUUGAACAACAGACAUAUAGUGAAGAUGCUGGAGAAAUACCUCAAGGGUGAAGACCCUUUCGCCAGUGAAGCUGCUGAUCCAGAGGUCGAAGGAGAUGAUAAUCUGGGGGGUGAGGAUAAGGAAGAGACACCCGAGGAGGUGGCCGAGGAGGUCUUAGCCAAGGUGAUCACAGCCACAGUGAGAGCCGUCGAUGGCGAAGGAGCACCGGCUCUGGGGAGUGGUAACACGUCAGUUGAAGGGGAAGGCCCUGCGGGCACAGCAGAGGCCACUAGUGGUCCCCACCCCGAAGAGCUGCUGGAAAUGGAGGCGCCCCGCGGAGUGGCAUCUGAGAAGGGCAGUGUGGAAGCAGAGGCCGGAGACCAAGCUGCGCACGCCAGGAGCGAAGCUGCAGAGGCCGGAGGCGAGGCAGAAACCCUGGUGGCUGAGGCCAGAAGCACCCAAACUGCCGCCGCGCCUGCCGCAGCUGCCAGUGAAGCCCAAGUUGAACACUGAUGCAGAGUCCAGUGGGGUUAUUCCCACAGAAUGAUCCUCUCCCGGAGGCAGGGGAUGUGUUACAUAUGAUGCAUUGUUGCUCUUUCUCCUUUGUAAGCAAGACUAAGGUGUGUGUUACUGGAAUAUGCUGAAAACUUAUUUGAAAAGACCCAGCCAUUUCCCUCAGAAAAGUGUACCUCGCAGGCUUGUCUGACAGACUAGUGUGGCUUUCUGCCUCGGCCCAGAGGCACAGAAGGUGUACAUUCCCCUGAGGGAGCGCUGUGACAGCUCUCUUCGCUGCAAGCUAGAAUAAUGAAAGUUGGCUAAUUAGACUUUCAUGAUGCUUGUUAAGUACAUCUAUCUGCUGGCUGAAUGCCCUUUUCCUCUUCUUUCCUUGGGAGCAGUUGAAUACUAGGAUGUAUCUUGCUUUAAUAAAGGACUUUUUUUUUUUUUUAAGUUCA